AUGUGGUUUGCAGGUCCCAUUCCAGUUGUGGUGACCACAGAGAUGUUCAGGCAGUCCUCCAGGUCAGCUGCGUUCAUGGUGGCAGGAUCUGUACACUGGUUGUCCAACUUCACUGUAGGACUGGUGUUCCCUUUCAUGGAGAAAGGACUAGGACCAUACAGUUUCCUAAUCUUCUCUGUGAUCUGCCUGGUUACCCUGAUCUACACCUGGCUGGUGCUCCCAGAGACCAAAAACAACACCUUCCUGGAGAUUAGCCAAAUGUUUGCCAAGAGAAACAAGGUAGAGAUCAGGCUGGGCGAUGAAAACAGUCCUACCAAUGCGACAGGAUGUCUGAAGGAAGUAGAGAUUGGCUCUACCUUCUGAGAGAGAUGUGGUGAGUAUUGAAUUGGAAAGAGCAAGAAUAAUCUACUGUCACCGUAUUUGACUAA